AUGAGUGUGUCUCUAGAUGUGGAUCUUUUUUCUUCGCGAAUUCGACGCUUUUACGACUAUUGGGAGUCUUCGGAGAGUAGGGCCUCGGAUGUAGACGCUUUCCUUGUGCUUAAUGGAAAGUCCGACGAACUCUAUAGUAAAACUGUUUCCACUCAGACGUGGCUGUUUGGUUAUGAACUCCAAGAUACCGCGAUUGUCGUUGCAAAGAAGGUUAUUGCUGUUCUUAGCAGCAAAAAGAAGAUCGAGUUUUUGAAACCCAUUAAAAGUGCUUCUAUUCACGGCUUGGAAUUUAAGUUGCUUACCAGAAGUCAGGAAGAUGGUGACAAAGCCAAUAUUUCUAAGCUUGUCAGUGAAUUUACAUCGAGCGGGAAUGGUGAGAAGCUUGGAUACUUCAACAAGGAAAAGUCUGAAUCGGAGUUUUCAAACGCUGUUGCGUCUGCUAUCAAAUCUUCAGCAAAAGAACUUGUCGAUAGUUCCCCAAUAUUCAGUCACGUUUUUGCUGUGAAGGAUCAGCACGAAGUCCAGCUUCUGAAGAGAGCCAGUGAUAUAACCUGCACAAUAUUUUCUAAACACUUAAAAGAGAAAAUAAUGGACGUCAUAGAUGAUGACAAGAAAGUUGCCCACCAAAUCUUGUCCGAUGGUUGUCAAGAGGCUUUAAAGAACAAGGAGCUAACUCGAGGUUUCGAGCAAGACAAUCUGGAGAUUUGUUACGAUCCAAUUCUCCAGAGCGGUGGCAAUUAUAAUCUUAAGUUUAGCUCUGGAAAUGACAAAAAGCCGAUGCACUUUGGUACAAUUAUUUGUUCCCUCGGUGUGCGUUACAAGUCGUACUGCUCAAAUGUCAUUCGUACACUUAUUGUUAACCCCAACUCACGACAGUCGACCAAUUACGAGUACCUUCACAACUUACUCGAUUGGGCUAUCGAGCAGAUCAAACCAGGUCUUGCUUUCUCCAGCUUCUACAACCUCGUUGUUGAUAAGGUGAAGUCAGAUCAUCCGGAGCUGGCUAAUAAGUUGAUCCGUUCAUUUGGAUUCGUGACCGGUAUUGAGUUUCGUGACAGUUGUCAUGUCAUCGGACCCAAGAGUUCUGCCGUUUUUCGCGAAGGCAUGUCUCUCAACAUCAACAUAGGCUUUCAAGAUCUCGUGAAUGAAGAGGCGGAGUCAGAAAAGGAUAAGAACUACGCCCUCUGGCUGGGCGACGUGGUGCUUGUCGGACUAGGCGAAAAUAAGACCAAUCAGGUGCUUACAAUCGCGGCCAAGCGGCGGCCUCGGGCUGUUUCGCUUUACAUCGAAGAGGAAGACGAAGAUGAGGAGGGCAAUGAGGCGUCAGGCAGGGCUGACGAGGCGUUGAAGAACGGUGGCGACCGUGGUGGCGCACCAAGAGUCCACGAAAAUGGUCGAACUAUCGAUGACGAUGCUGAGGGGGCUCUGGGUCGUGGGCACCGACGCACCAUCCUCAGUCAGAAGACCCGAAAUGAGCAAACGGCCGAGGAGAAGCGUUUGGUGCAGAGACGCGAGUUGUUUCAGCAGCUGCAAAUAAGCGCACGCAAUCGCCUCUCCGGCCUCAAGACGGACGGCGAGACAGGGCAGAAAGCCAAGUCUAACGUCGCCUACAAGGGCGCUGGUCAAAUGCCCAAGGAGGACGAUGUCCGCAAGCUGCGCAUCUACAUCGAUAAAAAGUACGAGACGGUAAUCCUGCCUAUCUUCGGCCAGCCUACACCUUUCCACAUAAGCACCAUCAAAAACGUCUCCUCGUCGAUCGAAGGGGACUACACGUAUCUGCGCAUCAAUUUUCACCACCCCGGUGCACUUGUCGGUCCCAAAGACGCCUCCAACUUUCAAAAUCCACAGGCGACAUUCCUGAAGGAGAUGACUUAUCGCGCCUCGAACCAGCGUCGCCACGGUGAGGCGUCGAGCCCCUCAACCAACUUGAACAACGCCCACCGCAUCAUCAAGGAGGUGCUGAAGAGGUUCCGCUCGCGCGAGCUGGAGGAGAAGGAGCGCGCGAACCUCGUCGAGCAGGACAACCUCGUCAUCGAGCCUGGCAAGACGGCGUUCCGUCUGCGCGACCUCUACAUCCGACCCAACAUCGUCACCAAACGCAUCACCGGCACGCUUGAGGCUCACAGCAACGGUUUCCGGUUCACGUCAAUACGUGGCGACAAGGUGGAUAUUCUGUACAACAACAUAAAGCACGCCUUCUACCAGCCAUGCGACGGUGAAAUGAUUAUCCUGCUCCAUUUCAACCUCAAGAAUGCAAUUAUGUAUGGUAAGAAGAAGCAGGAGAACAUUCAAUUCUACACGGAAGUGGGCGAGUUGACGACGGACCUGGGCAAGUCACACGGACGCAUGCACGAUCGUGACGACCUGGAGGCGGAGCAGAGGGAACGCGAAAUGCGGGAACAGAUCAAGCACGCCUUCAAAACCUUCGUUGAUCGUGUUGAGAGCCUGGCGAAGCGCUACAACCUGGAGUUUGAGAUGCCUUUCCGUGACCUUGGCUUCUACGGCUGUCCAAUCAGAACAACCGUCUUCAUGAUGCCAACGAGCAGUUGCCUGAUCAGCUUAAGCGAAUGGCCGCCUUUCGUUAUCUCGCUGGAAGAGGUGGAAUUCGUUAUGUUUGAGCGCGUCAGUCUCUCCAUCAAGACCUUCGACAUGAUCUUCGUCUUCAAGGACUACCGCAUUAAGCCCGCCAUGAUCACCUCCAUUCCAAGCACCUCAUUGGACCACGUUAAGGAGUGGAUUCUAUCCUGCGACAUAUUCUACGCCGAGGGUGCGCGUUCGCUGAACUGGCCCAAGCUAAUGAAGACCAUCAUCGACGAUCCCGAGGACUUCCUCGAGCAGAACGGCUGGGCGUUCAUUUCACCGGACGAUGAGGACGACGAGGAGGAUGGUGAGGGCGACACCGACGCGGACGACGAGAGCUACCAGCCUUCCGUCGACUCGGACGCCGACGACGGCGACGGCGACUCGGCCAGCGGUGGAGGCGCGUCGGGCGGUGGCGACUCCUCGGACUACGACGAAGACGAGGACUGGGACGCUGAGCAGGAGUCAUCCUCUGAAGGUUCACUGGACUCGGACGAGUCGGAGGGCAAGGACUGGGAGGAGCUCGAGAUGGAGGCUCUCAAGGAGGACCGAAAACGCGACAACGAUGACGAAGAGCGCGGCAAGAAGCGGCAUCAUCCAGCCAGUCCCGACAGUCGUCGUCGCAAGAAGCCCAAACACGCCGACGGCAAGCGCAAGCUCCGCUGA